GGGGCAAAUUGAUGCAUGCAAACUCUUUUACCUGUACCAGAUGUGGAAUAAUGUCAAAUCUUGAAUCCGAUGCCUAAAUCGGCUCAGAAAAUGGAAUUCUAGUUUUAAAUCUACAGCUGACCACAACAGCACAUGGUCGGUAUUUUCACAACAAACAAAAAGUCUCAACCUCGAAAUUGUGGAAAAAUUCCCGAUAUCAUUUAAUCAUGAGUACCAUUCCUUCAAUUGCCACUGAAGCCGUCCUGGUCAAAUCUGAGGCCAUGGACGCCAAUGCCGAAAAAGUUCAAGGUUAUGAUUUUAAUAAGGGCGUGGAUCAUCAUGCUUUAUUAAACAGCUAUCGGUACUCUGGGUUCCAAGCCACUAACUUUGGCCUGGCUGUGGAACAAAUUAACGCCAUGAUCGCUAAACGAGAAGAGCCGUUACCAGAGGAUAAAAAGGAGGACUCUCUCGAAACUGACGAUUUCAUUCGAAGAAAAAACAAUUGCACCAUAUUCUUAGGGUUCACUUCGAAUAUGGCAUCGUGUGGUGUGCGAGACACCAUUCGAUUUUUGGUCCAGCAUAAAAUGGUGGAUUGUAUUGUAGCAAGUGCUGGAGGAAUUGAAGAAGAUUUCAUCAAAUGUCUAGCCUCAACUUACAUUGGCGAUUUCUCCUUGGAUGGCCGGACUUUAAGAGAUAAAGGUAUCAAUCGGAUUGGCAACUUAUUAGUACCCAAUGACAACUAUUGCAAGUUCGAAGACUGGAUCAUGCCCAUCUUGAAUCAAAUGCUGAAAGAACAAAAGGAAGAGGGAGUAAUGUGGACCCCAUCCAAGAUGAUCACCCGACUGGGGUUGGAGAUUAACAACGAAGAUUCAAUCUAUUAUUGGGCCGCCAAGAACCAAAUCCCUGUCUUUAGUCCGGCUCUUACGGACGGGUCCUUGGGAGAUAUGCUCUUUUUUCAUUCAUAUAAAAAUCCCGGACUCGUCCUAGACAUUGUUCAUGAUUUAAGGCGGCUCAAUAGCAUGGCCAUGAAAGCCGCUCACUCGGGCAUGAUCAUCGUUGGAGGGGGCCUAAUCAAGCAUCACAUCUGUAACGCCAAUCUAAUGCGUAAUGGAGCUGACUUCAGUGUAUUCCUGAACACGGCCAACGAGUUCGAUGGUUCAGAUUCAGGGGCGAGACCGGACGAGGCCAUUUCUUGGGGCAAGAUCCGGAAGGACGCCCAACCGGUCAAAAUCUACGGUGAAUCUAGUUUCGUGUUCCCGUUGUUGGUGGCCGAGACGUUUGCCCGGAAGUUUCACAAUAAAUGAAUUUGGGCGUCGGAA